GCGGCUGCUGGGCGCGGGCCUGUGCUGCGCGGCGUGCGGGCCGCCGGUGGCCCGCCGCGGGCUGCUCGCGGCGCCGCUCGCGGCGCCGCUCGCGGCGCCGCCGCGGGCCUGGGCGGCGCCGUGGGCGCCCGCCGCUCCUGCGGCCCCGCGCGCCGAGUCCGGGCGCUACCCGCGGCCCAGCUUCGAGGGCUUCGGAGAGGUGCUGGAACUGAGCUCAGAGCCGCCCGUGUGGCUCGUGCGCGACUUUCUGAGCCGCGAGGACUGCGCGUCCCUGAUCGAGGACGGGCGAACGGCCGUCCGGCCGGAGAAGGUGUACGAGGGCUCCUUCGUGGUGUUCGACGAGGACCGCCUGAGGCCGCUGCUGCUCUUGGGCCCUCUGUGCGCUGCCGCCACGUACUCGUUCCGGGAGGGCGACCUCGCGGCGGCCGCCCUGGCCCUUGGCGCCUUCGCGGGGGCCGUGCUGCUGCUCAAGGAGGGCCUGCGCUGGUACAUGACCAGCGCGACCGCGUCUGGCGGCAAGGGCGGCGCGCGCUUCUCUGGGACCAAGUGGCAGCUCUGCCCUCCGCUCCCGGGCGAGGACCCGCGUGGCGGCGCCAGGGGACGCCUGCUGGAGCGGGCGAGGCUGCUAUGCGGCGUCCCGAGCGUGAGCUGGCUUGUGCCUCCGACCCUGACGCGGUAUAGGCGCGGCGAGGGCCAGGACGCACACGUGGACUCGCGGGAGCGCCCGGGCGUGGGGGCCGCGCGGGCCGAGCGCGAGGCCUUCGAGGCCCAGGGCGGCCAGAGGGUGCUGCAGUGCCUCGCCUACCUGAACGACGUGGACGCCCCGCAGCACGGGGGGCACACGUGCUUCCACAGGGGCACCCUGGACGGACUCCGCGUGCGGCCCGAGGCGGGGAGCGCCCUGGUCUUCUGCGUCUCGCUCGCGGGCGGCGAGGAGGACCUGCGGAUGGUGCACUCCGCGGAGGCGCUCCGCGGGGACGUGGAGAAGUGGGUCGUGCCGCUGUGGUCGCUGGAGGGGCCCCACGAGGAGUGGGCCGCCUGGGCCGACGCUGGGGCCGAGCCCGGCGUCGAGGGCGGCCGCGCGGUCGUGCGCUCGCUCCGCUGCCCGCCCGCCUCGCCCUGCGGCCUCGCGCUCGCCCCACGGCUGCGCCCGGGGCUGGGCCAUCGGCCCGAGGCGUGGACCGACUGGCGAGCGCAGCGCCCUCGUGCCUCCGGGAGAAAGUUCCUAGGCCAUGCCUGCUUACCGCGGGGCCUCGCAGAGGCCCACGUUGGCCUGGCCAACAAGGGCGGUGGCAGUGAGAAACUCCAGGAGCUCGCUGGCGGGGCGGAGGAGCUGCGGGCGCUCCAGGCCGCCGCGGCGGGGGGCGCCGCCCGCGAGCUGCAGCGCCUGCCAGAGCACGGCUCCCCUGUGGAGGAGCUCGAGGAGAGUCGCGGGACUGGCCGAGGCCGCACGGCGGGCUCGAGCUGGAGGUGGUGCUGGCCCGCGCCUGGCAGAGGCUCUGCGGGGGCGCGCAGUGCCCGGCGGUGUGCCCCGGGGGCCCCGCGCCGCCCGUGCCCGCCCUGCGCGGCUUCGGCCUUCCGGGGGUCGAGCUGGCGCUGGGCGCCGGCUGCGGCGACGUCGCGCCGGUGGCCGCG